GCUAGACGUAACGUAUGCACUUGGACCCCUCUCCGUUUGGUCUGGCGCAGUGAGGAAGAGACAUUUCCUAAUAAGGAAAGGGUGUGCUUUCGGAUACACUUCCGGAACGAUGUCAAAAUCUUUGAAGAAGAUCGUGGAGGAAAGUCGGGACAGGAGCCUUCCUGAGGUAGAAAUGUGCGACAGGGGGAUCUCGAACAUGCUGGACAUACCAGGCCUGUUCACUCUGUCUCACAUCACUCAGUUGGUCCUCAGUCACAACAAGCUCACAGCUGUGCCUCCUAACAUCUCAGAACUGAAGAAUCUGGAAGUUCUGAACUUGUUCAACAACCAGAUUGAAGAGCUCCCGACUCAGAUCAGCAGUCUUCAGAAGCUGAAACACCUCAAUCUUGGGAUGAAUCGUCUCAGUGGCUUGCCCAGAGGAUUUGGAUCUCUUCCUGCUCUCGAGGUGUUGGACUUAACCUACAACAACUUGAACCAGAACUCUGGUUCUCUGCCUGGAAACUUCUUCUAUCUAACCACUCUUAGAGCGCUGUAUUUGAGCGACAACGACUUUGAAUUACUUCCUCCUGACAUUGGGAAGCUGACAAAGCUGCAAAUCCUGAGUCUCCGAGAUAAUGAUCUGGUCUCGUUACCGAGGGAGAUUGGUGACUUGGCUCAACUCAAAGAGCUUCACAUCCAGGGCAACAGACUGACUGUUCUGCCUCCUGAACUUGGUAACCUGGAUUUAACUGGGCCUAAGCAGGUCUUCAAAGCAGAGAACAAUCCAUGGGUCACUCCCAUCGCAGACCAGUUCCAACUUGGUGUUUCCCAUGUUUUUGAAUAUGUUCGUUCAGAGACCUAUAAGUAUCUCUAUGGUAGACACAUGCAGGCUAACCCAGAGCCUCCGAAGAAGAGCAGUGACAAGAGCAGGAAGAUCAGCCGCAAACCACUUGCUGCCAAGAACAAAUGAAGAGGAAAUUGAGCAUGGAGAUGAGCCUUCACCAUCAGCCAAACUGUCUGCCUCUCAUGUUCCUGUUACGUAACAAGUUGGGAUGUUUUUGAAUGUCCUAUUUUCAAUCUUCAGUGGUCUUUGUGCAUUUUUGUUUCCUUUUGCUUUAUGUGCUAAUGAAGUAAGCUUACAUACAUAAAGGGAAUUUUACAUUGUUAACACUUUGUGGAAAAAGUAUCUUGCUUAUUAAGAGCUCUAUGCCAAAUGAAAAAGACACGUUCCUUAAAAAUACUUGUGGAAGACAGCUGCUAAAUGACUUUACACACUAUUAUUACUUCUGCACUUUCCCAUAAAUGAAAAUGAAGACUCUACAGUAUUAAACUCUGAAAGAUCCCGGUUAACAGCUGUGUAUUCUCACUGAUCUUAGCUCCUUAUUUUAAUCUGUGUUUUCUGUCUUGGCUGGUUUUUCCAGUUCAUUACAAUCCUGUUACUUUUUAGUAGCAGCCAGAGUGAAACACCGAGGAAAUCUGAGGUUUAAAAUUCAAAUUAGACUUAAAUUAGUGAUGAGAGAUGAUGCUUCCCCUGGUUCCUUUGUCCAGUUUAAACAGGUGUGGUAUAACAUCUGCUUUGCUUGGUUUUCUUAAGCACAUGCUUCACAAUAUGCUGCAUGAUCAUGAACUUUUAAAGUAAAGGCUGAAAGUCUUUACUUUAAAAGCUUCUAGACAUCUAACAUGUAAGAGAAAAGACUGAAAAGUGUUUAAAAUAUGUACCUGUUAUUUCGCUCUUAGUUUUUAUUUGCUUCUCAAAUUUGAAAUUUCUUUUACUUUUUACUUUUAUUACAAAUAUUAUGUUGCCUGCUGGUAAUAUAUCCUGAGAAAAUAAUCACCAGCCUUGUUUGCAUAUUUGUGUCUUUGGCAACCAGUAAUGGCAGAGUUUGUAGAGAAACCACAGAUAACAUAAAAUAUGAA